CUCUUCCUCUGCCUCCGGACCGUACUCGAGGGGUAGGUCGCAGCUAAUAUUAAUCAAUUCUGCUCACCAUGGCUUUGCAAGGGGUUGAGCAGACGAUCCUUCGGGACCCUGCUCUGUUCUAUUGGAUUGUGUUUCCUAUCACAAUUGUCAUGAUCCUGACCGGUAUCCUCCGUCACUAUGCCACCAUCUUGAUGAACAACCCCCCCAAGCCUGCCUCGACGUUGGCCGAAUCCCGCGAACGCCUCGGUCUCAUCCGCGGCGUCAACCUACGGAACAACUGCCAUGCCGUGCUCUCCAAGGAGUCCUUCGAGAUGCGGAAGAACUACCUCGUCUCUGCUUACCAGAGUGGUGCUUUCCUUAAGGACCCCGCUAAUCGCGGUCAGCCGCCCGCGAACCCGAUGACGGACCCUGCAGGCAUGGAGGCUAUGAUGGGCAUGAUGAAGGGGAAUAUGAUGAUGAUGAUCCCGCAGACUCUGAUCAUGAGCUGGAUUAACGCCUUCUUCUCGGGAUUCGUGAUUUUGAAAUUGCCCUUCCCCCUUACGAUUCGGUUCAAGUCGAUGCUGCAAUCUGGUGUCAUGACCCGCGACUUGGACGUGAGAUGGGUGUCUAGUCUUUCGUGGUAUUUCUUGAACUUGUUUGGUCUGCAGUCUGUCUUUGGGUUUAUUCUGGGCAGUGAUAAUGCCGCCAGCCAUAUGGCUCAGCAGAUGGCUUCGAUGAACCCUGCCGGUGGUAUCAACCCUUUCCAGCCAGGCCAGGAUCCCGAUAAGCUGUACCAGAGCGAGGCUGAGAACCUGGAGGUUAUGGAGCACUUUUGCAUUCUGGAUGGCGUUGAGGAGAGGGUUCUGCGCCACUACGCGGGCAAGAAAAGCUAUUAGGUUUGGGACUGCUGAGAAGCUCACCUAUGGCUGUGUUUGCGUUCGGCGUUGCUGAAAAAUUAGACGAAGUUCAGAUGUACACCAAUAUGACAUAUAUUAUAAGCGCAUAAAUGACAAUGUCAAGACACAGCCGCCAUCAUUAGUCGAACCUCUGCCGCAAGGUCUUGUGCAAACAUCCAUCAAUCAUUAAAUCAUCAGAAGCAAACCACAGAAUAUGUACGCCCUAACCCGUUAGGACCAUACAACCUAACGAUAAUUGAUAACCCCAUUCAGAAUCCACACCUCCCCAUUCGACACCUGCUCCGCAAUACUAUCCACCUCGACAUUUCCCGGUUGAAUCUAUA